CACUAGGCGGAGAGAGGCGGUAAGCAGCGAGGAGGAAAGGGGCUAAUCGAACUCACGGCCCGCUGUGGACCAAUCCUGCUAAGCGGAGAAUUGCUGUGGCCAGAUGACGGGGCGUCGAGACAAGAAGAAAGACGUUGGCAACUCAGAGGACUGGUUGCGACGUUAGACAAGAAAGCAAGGCCUUUAAGCAGGGAUUCGGGUUGGACGUCGGGGUGGGCCAAAGCGAAGCCGGAAACAGGAAACUACAACUCCCACAAGGCCUAGGGCCACGUCCCGCCGUCCUCGGCCCCUGAGCCUGAUGGGACAAGUAGUUUUGUGAACGGCUUAAUCUAGAGAUUUAAGAGGUUGGAAGCUAAGAGGCCCGGGGCUUCCGGAGGUCGCGGAGAUGGAAUUGGAGCAGAGAGAAGGGACCAUGGCAGCCGUGGGCUUUGAGGAGUUCUCAGCGCCGCCGGGCUCGGAGUUGGCGCUGCCUCCCCUAUUUGGGGGCCACAUCCUGGAGAGCGAGCUGGAGACGGAAGUGGAGUUUGUGUCAGGGGGUCUGGGGGGCUCAGGGCUCCGGGAGCGAGAUGAAGAGGAAGAGGCAGCCCGGGGUCGGCGGCGGCGCCAGCGGGAAUUAAAUCGCAGAAAGUACCAGGCAUUAGGACGGCGCUGCCGGGAGAUCGAGCAGGUGAACGAGCGGGUCCUGAACAGGCUCCAUCAGGUGCAGAGGAUAACUCGGAGGCUGCAGCAGGAGCGGAGGUUCCUCAUGAGGGUGCUGGACUCCUAUGGGGAUGACUACCGGGCCAGCCAGUUCACCAUUGUGCUAGAGGAUGAGGGCAGCCAGGGCACGGAUGCUCCCACCCCAGGCAAUGCUGAGAAUGAGCCUCCAGAGAAAGAGGCACUGUCCCCGCCCAGAAGGACUCCUGCACCCCCGGAACCUGGCAGCCCAGCGCCCGGCGAGGGGCCCAGUGGGCGGAAGAGGCGGCGAGUGCCGCGGGAUGGACGCCGAGCGGGAACUGCGCUGACUCCAGAGCUGGCUUCAGUGCAGAUUAAGGUCGAGGAAGACUUUGGCUUUGAAGCAGAUGAGGCCCUGGAUUCCAGCUGGGUUUCUCGGGGUCCAGAUAAACUGCUGCCCUACCCAACUCUGGCCAGCCCAGCCUCUGACUGACCCAUGCCCAAUAAACUGAGCCCACAUUCACCCUGGCCACCGUCUACUUGUUCCCACCUCUGAUCACACACAUGCCACGCUCUGGGGUUGGUGUUCACAUUUUUAUUGGGAGCCGUGGGAGGGGCCGCCUCUGUCAGUGAAGGUGCUCACAGUUUCUUAAGCCACUCCAGGCUGGGGCCCUGAGGGUCCUGGGGGUGGCUGGGCACGUCCGGCAUGUUCCCAUCAUCACGGACGGGCACU